GUCAAAAACUGCAUCAUUCAUACAAUGCCUAUUUGUUUUAAUAAUUUUCAUUACAAAACACAAAUGUCUCACAAUUUUUAAUGGACAAUAAAGACAAAGAUGAAAACGACAAAGAAGAAUCUACGAGUUUUGAAGAUAGUAUAAAUAAAGGAAAAAAUCAGGAACAGACACAAUUAAAACAUGAUGCAGGACCAUCAAGAUCUAUAUUUCUACCUGGGGCAGUUCCAGAUAAUCCCAGAACUACUUUUCAACCUAAACCAGGUCUAUCUAAAUCUGAGCAUAGCAUACGACAAAUUAUAACAAGCAAAGAUGUAGCCGAUGCAUUAAAAUCGUUAAAUUUUGGUACACCAAAUCAAAUUAAUAAAGGGAUGAAUUUAAAUGAACUGAAAAUAACAAUGUUGGAUAAAGAACAAAACUCAAAUAAAGAUGAUUCAACUACUUAUAUAGAUUUAAAAAAAUUCAUGGUCUCUUGUUUUAAAUUGAACAAAGAUAUGCCCAAUACUGUAUUGAUAGGCGAAGUUCCUAUUAAUAAUCUGCAACCAAUUGCUACGAUCGACAAUGAAGUUAUUCAAGAAGUGCCAAAUACUAGUUGCAAUGACGUUCAAACACAAAAUGUGCCUAUAGCCAACUUACCGAAUGAAGUGAUCGUGACAAACACAGCACCAGUUGAGUUGAAACAGUCUAAAGUUGGUUCGGAUAAGAAGAAAACAUCCGGUAGUUUGUCGGAGCGAUCCGAUUUUGGCUUAGCCCAAAGAGAUUCGCUUUCAAGUAUUGGUUCAAAUGUUUGCAGAAUUUGUAUGACACGCGGACGGGAGAGAUUAAUCUCCCCAUGCAACUGUAAAGGAUCGUUGGCAAAUGUCCACCUGAGCUGCUUGGAGCGAUGGCUGAACCAAGUGGGAAGGAAUCACUGCGAAUUGUGUGGAUUCAGUUAUCCAGCAAUACGGACCCCACGCUAUACCGUAGUGCAGGCACUACGGCUGUGGUUCGGGAAUCCACGGAAUAGGAGCCAUUUGCAGUCGGACUGCCUCAUAUUCUGGCUACUAUCCACCGUGACAGCUGGCCUACUCGCGGUAUGCAUCGUUGGCACACAGUACUUUGUAAUCGAGGGCAACAAAUUUGGUAAGCUAGCUGCAGGUGCUAGAAAAGAGGAAGGUAUUACAGAGACAGUAACCACUUACCAUCAGGUGGGCCGUAUGGAUUCUUUUCAGAAUUCAUGGACUUCUUCGAUAGUGCUUUGUGGGUACUCAGUCACCGUGUACUUGUUAUGGAAGGACCAUUACGUUAUGUGGAACAGAUGGAGGAGAGCCAACGUGAAUGUGAGGCUGCUCCUCUCGCCAGACGCUAAUCCCGUGCCAUUUGUACCCAGACCUAGAUACAACAUUGUUUAAAUAAAAAUUGUUAUUUAAAUUAAGUGCACAUUCCUAUUGAUGUAGUGUUGC